AUGACCCACGUAAAGGAGCGACCGCGGGCGCGGUUUGCUCCUAUUCCCAUCGAAACGACCUUUGAACGGUACCGCAAGACCAUUCCCCCCGGCGCCGAGCUGACUCCCAGCCCUUCCCCGCGCUCACCGGCCCCGCCGCCGCUUGAACAACGUGAAAAGAGAAAGUUUGCCCCCCAACUAGUCGAGUCUUCGGUGCGCCGAGCUAAGCGAGCCGGCGACGAAGGCCCCGCUACCAAGUACACCGAUCGAACCGACAUCACUCCAUACACAAAUCAUAUUUACGCACCAAAAGCACGCAAGAAACAUGGCCAUACUCCGGUAUUGGACGCGGUGGAUACGCCACGAGGCCACGGCCGGCGGGAAUCAUGCGACGAUGAAAUCGCUGGGGGAGUCUUCGACUUGGUGGCCCGCGAUGCGCAGAGAAAACUCCAAGAGGUGGCCAUGAGUGCCUUCCCCAAUUUCGGGAAUCGGAUAGGCGGGGCAGAACAUUUCUACGUCCGGGAGGGCUCAGGGUCGGAAGAUGGGAACCAGCGGGGGAGGCCGCUGACGCGAGGGCCAUGGGAUGCUUCACAGACAAGGCGCAACUCGUCGGAAGAGGAUAUUAGCUGGGCGUUCAAGGAGAUGCAGGAGCAUGCCCAGGUUCUUCACCGGACCAGGACCAGGAGUAGAAUCGAUACGCUGGACCUCGACAACAUGAGCAUCGAUGGUCCCCCGAGCGAUGCGAUGGGGCUGACCAGGACGCAGAGGUCGUCCAUUGCGAGUUCUCCAAUAUGGACAACACGGGGUCUAUCCUCCAGCUCCCUCGGGCCAGUCGGAGAGCCAUCGGUGCCGCUGCUCCGUGCCGAAUCUCCGCUGCCCACCAUCGGCGAGUCGGUUAUCCCCUUCCCGUCCGAAUCGCCAGCUCUCCACCAACCCGGUAGCGAAAACCACACAGCCCAUAUCCCCUCGGCCCCCGCCGGUAAAGCCGGGGAUAUACCCUACGCCUCAGCCUCGCAAAUCCCGCCCGAGACCGGCUUUCGGAACCAUGGCCCAUUCAUGUCCUUCCCAGCCGAGCGGGACGUGUCUCUGGAUCGGGCACGACAACAGCACAAGCUACGCCUCAAGGUGUCCCCACCCAUGCUGGGCCAGGACCUCACAUUCCGACGAUGCCCAUCCCCGAAACAGACCAAGCUUGAGCCUGACCAUCUGUGGGAUAUCACCACGGGCACGACCUACGAGGAGCACAACCGCGACCCGACUGAGCAACACGGUCUGUGGCGCGGGUACUGUUAUACAGCCCACGUGUCAAGCGAGAAGCUGGCACCGGUCGACCGCCCGGCUAUGCUCUCGACUCCGGCCAUUGGCGCCGGUGGUAACGCGAAGAACAACCCGUUCGCCGCAGGCUUCGGCGGGCUCACCUCCGCUCCCGCGGCCGACCUUACGUUCAGUGAAGAACCCACGCCGUUUUCACCAAGCUCCAUCAGUCCUAUCCCAGGCACUGUCUCGGUACCACCCAACAACACUCACCAGAUGCCCGGACACCACACCAAACCCAGCGCCCCAAAGGGUCUCCACAUGCUCCAAAACCUCGCCAACAUCGACGAGAAGCUCAAGAAGGAAAAGGCCGCGGCCGAGCUGGAAGAAAAGAUCGCGGCCGAAUUCGACGACCACUUCAUCACACAGGUCUACAACUACCUCUCUCUCGGCUACCCAGCCACCGGCCGACAAUACGACGAUGAACUGAGCAAGAUCAGCCGGAUCGAUGUCGCCGAGCUGGGCAAGGAAGACCAAGCAAUCAUGGACGGGGUCUGGGCCGACACACAUAACCGCCAUAAUGACAACGAGGAAAUGGACAUCGAUGGGGCGAAACCGAACGGCCACCCUGUUAGGAGACGGUCGGGCGCGACGGGACAUAUCAUGCUGGACAGUGAGGAGAAGGACGAUGUGAGAGAGGAAGAUCGGUGUCAACGGUGGAAGGCCCUGAAGUUGUACAUCUUUGAGUGGGCGAGGCAACACCCGGAUUUGAAUGCCAUCGGCCCGGCGGCAUGGGGUGUGCGAGAGCGGAGGGGCAGUUGGGGCAUUUAA